AACCGAAAUUGAUGAAAAAUCACAUUUUUUGACAUUCGAAAAUCAUCAUGGUGAACCUUCUUUCAAUUCAUCGCUUUCGACUUCCUUUUCCGCGAAUGUGAUUGAUCAGAUAGAAUCAUGCCGCUCGCUAAAGAUUUAUUGCACCCGUUGCCAGCUGAAGAAAAGCGUAAGCACAAACUUAAACGUUUGGUGCAACAUCCAAACUCAUACUUUAUGGAUGUCAAAUGCCCAGGAUGCUACAAAAUUACAACAGUUUUUAGCCACGCUCAAGGUGUUGUUGUUUGUGCUGGUUGUUCAACAAUCUUGUGCCAACCAACUGGAGGACGUGCCAAGCUGACCGAAGGAUGUUCGUUCAGACGGAAGCCACACUAAGCACGAGUCUUUCCUAAGUAAAACGAUUUAAGAAUCAACUGGAUUUCAAUAAGUUAUUUCCAAGAACCCGUGUAAAACCAUAAUCGUUUUUCAGAAAAACCAACAACAUCCCAAAACGAAAUAAAAUGAAAAUCAACAGUUAAACAAAAAAAA